ACGAACCAAUCACGUUUCAGAAAAACGCAACAUUACUGCCGACGAAGAGCGCAUUGCACUGUCUCUUUAAGAGCGGAGUCAGGCCGAUGACUGUGAUAGGGAUUUUCGGUAUGAACGCUGCAGAAUUCCUGGCUGCAACGCUACCUGUGUAAUUCAGCAAACUACUGGCUUUGCAUUGUAUUAACGACCCAUUGUAGGAAUGGGGGGGUAAAACGCGUAAGCAUAGAGAAACGGUUGAACUAGUCAAGAUGGUAUCCUGGAUCAUCUCUCGGAUAGUGGUUCUGGCUUUCGGGACGCUGUAUCCUGCCUACUCCUCCUACAAGGCCGUUAAGACGAAGAAUGUGAAGGAAUACGUUAAGUGGAUGAUGUACUGGAUAGUUUUUGCCUUCUUCACCACAGCAGAGACGCUCACAGACAUCAUCCUGUACUGGUUCCCGUUCUACUUCGAGCUGAAGAUUGCCUUUGUCAUCUGGCUGCUGUCUCCCUACACCAAGGGCUCCAGCCUCCUCUACCGCAAGUUUGUCCACCCGACGCUGUCCAAUAGGGAGCAGGAGAUCGAUGAGUACAUCACUCAGGCGAAGGACCGCAGCUAUGAGACCAUGAUGCGUUAUGGGAAGAGGGGUCUGAACCUGGCCGCCACCGCCGCCGUUACCGCCGCCAGCAAGGGACAGGGCGUCCUGUCGGACAAGCUGCGCAGCUUCAGCAUGCAGGACCUGACGCUGAUCCACGAUGAGGAAGAGGAGGAGCUGCAGCUGCACGCCGCAGACACCCGACUGCGCAGCUCCGCAGCCGGGCUGCAGGACAUAGCCGAGGACGCGGGACAAGGGGGGGGACCUGCUCCCCGAACCAGGAGCACCUCCCGCCCAGCACGCACGACGCCCACCGCUGCCGCUUCCGACGAAUCGCAGCACAGCUCCAAGUCUGACGCCGACCAAUCAGAGGCCAGGACAGAGCAGUCUGACGAGGACACUGCAGAGAGGCCCCCCAAACGCACAGCGAGCGUCAGAGCCAAGAAGCCUGCUGCUGCCAAAUCAGAGACUCAAAGCAAGAUCGUAAAGAAACCACCAAAGAAGAAGACUGCCACUGCAGCUGGCACUCCAACAGAGUCCGCCUGAGCUGGGCCUCCUCCACCCCUACGCUAGCACGCUGUCUGCCUGUCUGUCCGAGCUCUGUCUCUCUCGCUCUCACACACACACGUGCACAUAUACACACACGCACAAACCCUUACUGGUUUAAUUCUGAUAAUGGAGGUUCAUCUUCAGUAUGCCCUGUAGUCCCGUAAUGGUGGUGAGGUACUACCCGGCAAGAUUUUUCUUCGUGUCUACAUAUACAUGCGUGCGUGCGUGCGAGUGUGUGUGUGUGUGUGUAAAAGAGAGCAGAUGGACGACACAACUCUACCCCACUUUGAAGGUUUAUCCUGAUCGUCCUGAUACCCCCACACUGUGUGUGUGUGGGGUGUGUUUCUCCCUGCAGCGUUCCCCAUAGUCAUUAUUACCAGGCCAGCAGGCCCCGGUGUUCCCUGGUCCAGUGUGUGGAGUGCAGUCCUGCUGUGUGUGGAGCUGACGCUUUCUGCAUUAUAUCACUUUCCAAAUUAGGCCAGCAUAGUUUCAAAGGGGAGAGGGAAUUUUGGGGGGGUGGGCAAGGACCAUUAUCUUUGGAGCAAAAUAGGAAAGAUACCACGGGCCCAGGACUAAAGGAGAGGGGACUAAGGGAGGGAGGGAGAGAUGGAUGGAUCUAGGGAGAGACUGCGUUCAUAGAAGAAUGACCAGAAUGACGGCCUGUAUGUGUUCUGUAAGUCUGCACGUGCUCAGUAACGCACGCUGGCAUACUGGAGUGCGCAGGACGGAACGCUCACGUGGUGUUACCGUGGAGACCUGGAAGGUAUUUACUCGGCUGUCAGGGAGUUUUGUCUCUCUCUCACCUCCAGUCCAGUGAGCCUCGGUUGGCAGGGUCACGUGUUGCCAGGGCGAUGAAGGGGGCUGUUUGUUCUACCAUAUGUUCAGAACGACGCAAAGGUUUCGAAGUAUAACUUUCGCCAGCAGGCUUGUACCGACCGAACAACAACCAAUUAUGAGAUGAAGCCAGAGGUGUUUUUCUCUCUCUCUCUCCCUCCUUCUCUUCCUCUUGCUGUGUGCUUUUGUUUCUAGAAUGUCUAAAUAUGUUCCCAUAUCUGCACAUGUAAAAAGUAGGCACUGUUUUAAAAACAUAAACAAAAAUACGUAUCUACUGUAUAGCACUAGCUGAUACAUGCUCUCAUGUAUGGAUUCUGUGUUUGUGCGUUCAUAUAGUACCAUCUGUAUACGGAAGGUUCCUACGUUUGGAAAUGUAGGAAGAAGUGCUUUGAAAGCAUGGGACUGUUAUGGGAGCUCAGCGUAAGCACGGUAUGUGUGUGGGGGUUACGGCAGGUUGACAUGGCGACCGUUUCCUGGGUACCUGCAGCCAGGAGGCAAUGGCCUACAGGUGGUCUACUGUGUGGAGUGGGAUGUGUCUGGGGGUCACUGGCCUACAGGUGGUCUACUGUGUGGAGUGGGAUGUGUCUGGGGGUCACUGGCCUACAGGUGGUCCGUGACGAACGGACUGGUCAGAACUGCACACUAACCAUAGAUGGUAAACUAGUACAGACCGUAGACUGACCAUAAACAGGCCUGUAAAAAAAAAAAAAAAAAAAAAAAUCAGACAGGCAGUAGACCGUGGACCAGUACAGAUUGCAUGGGACCAUAGAGAGUGGACAGGUACAGAUUGCAGACAGACCAUAGAAAGUGGACCAGUACAGAUUGCAGACAGACCAUAGAGAGUGGACCAGUACAGAUUGCAGAUAGACCAUAGACAGUGGACGAGUACAGAUUGCAUGGGACCAUAGAAAGUGGACUAGUACAGAUUUCAGACAGACCAUAGACAGUGGACCAGUACAGAUUGCAGUGAGACCAUAGAAAGUGGACCAGUACAGAUUUCAGUGAGACUGACCAUAGAUAUCGACUGGGCAGUACCAUAGACUGCUGUGUUUGUUUUUAAUAGUGUCUCUCGCUGGCGGAUGUGCGAACGGGCGGGUUGUUUCUCAGCGAGCCGCUGGAUCUUAAGCUCAUGAGCGUUUUUAGAUCAGGCCGCUGCGCGGGGUGGGGUGAGGCGAGGCGAGGUGAGGCGAGGUCCGCUGCCAGCGACUCGUCCGCGGGGACGUCGGCUCGCGGGAUAGGGCCUCGGGUGGCCUGAGCAACGGCCCGCCGUUCCCAUGGUUACCCGGGGGCGCACCGCCAAAGCAGAAGUACGCCAGACAGGGCCGGGCCGACCGCUGGCAGGCUGCCUCGCUGCGCGCUUAAUCCCAUAUCUGCUCUUAUUACCAUAGACGUGCGGCUACUGAUGCCCUCCUCGUUAAAUAAGUCUCAGUUACUGUGGUGUUAGCGGUUAGCUACAAUCAGUUAAAAAUAUAAUCUGUUAGCGAGCGUCAAAGUAGGUUUAAAACCUCAGGAUUCAGUUUAAAUGCUACGCUGGCAAAUAUUGGAAGUCUAAACCGUGUUGCCGUUGGCAACGUUCAACUCCUGUCCUUAGACAACCUUUAGGGGGCCGUGGGUUCUGAAGAACGCAACAGUGGCACCAUUGUAACACUAAUUUUGAACACCAGGGGGAGCCAAAGUCAGCGCUGCUGGGGGUGGACUAGAAGAAACUGCUGGAAUAUUUUGCAGUUGCUGAAUGACUGCAUGUAAAUAAUUCUGAUCUGGGCUGUGCCAGUGAGCUCGCUUGCCUUAGUCCCUACAGCAGUGCUGUUAUUUUUAGGAUUCUGGGUUUUUAAGUUGCUCUGUUUGUUGGGGUGAAAUCAUGACAAACCUACAUUUGUUUUUAUCUUUGUUUGGACCUUACACACAGUGUUCAGUGUUAAAUGAACCCUUACUGAGUACAAAAUACAGUCCCAGUUAGACUCGUAUGUAUUAUGUUAGACUUCAGUUACACUGGGCAUUUUACUGUGUAGCUCUCCAAAGCUGUUUUAUGCAGAAAAAUGAAUGAACUCGAUGGGGGUUGGGGGGGUUGUUUGCAGACUUUUCAGUAUUAUCUUAUUUUGUUUUUACUUUGUUGAUGAGUGAAGGACGAAGAGGUUCUCUCACAUUGUGCGUGUGACCAUGUUAAAGGGGAGGGCCAAGUUAGCAGCCCCUUAACCAAUCAGAGAAGCCGCUCGACCAAUCAUACGGGGCGGCACGUCCUGACCUCUGUGUACGUAGGAUUACCGAUGCCUCCUCGGCUCAGAACUAACCAUUUGUUGCCUUUCGACCUUAAAUAGACAAACAACUGGCUAAUUAUUGUUGCUCAUAUUUCAUAAACCAAAAGCCGAGACGGUGUUUUAAAAGGAACUAGAGAGGAGGCAGCUGUUGCUGCCAUGAGUUCAGGCAUUUUCGUUUUGUUUCGUUUUUUAAUUUAUUUUUGCCAUUUUUGCCAAAUUCAAUUUUAGUAACUCACUCAAGUCAUUUGCACUGUCCUGUCCUCUCUAAGAAGCAUUAGUGUGUUUGGUUUGCAUUGAAUGGGAUAAGACGUAACAUGCUUGACACACAUUAAACAUGUUCUCUAACAUGGCCUAGCAACUGCAGUUUUUCAGUUAUUGCAUAAAUGACUUUUUUCUAAUUCUGUUACUUUGAUAUUUAUUUUACUGUCAAUGUAUUAUUUUGUUUGAAAUCAUUAUUAUGCUGUGUACAGGGUUUCCACUGUCAGAGAAUUAUACGUUGUUUGUGCCAAUGUCCAAUGCUCAACUACAGAAUAAAGGUUAAGAAGUCAAUGGCGGUUUGAGUUCUGUGCUGGAAGAUUGCUCAUGAAAUGCACUGAAUUAUUGUGAUAUACAAUUAAUAAAUUCAGACAAAUUAAAGGAUGGUAAAAAAAAAAAGGACACGUCAUCCCUGUGGGAUAUUUGUGUUGAUAUUGUGACUGUGAGAAAUGGUCUCAGCGUGCGCGUUCAUGAGCUUGGCGUAAGUGCAAGAGUGCCGUGCACUUGAUGUGCACGUUAUCCAGACGUACGCUAGGACCGCCCUGGAGCGGCGUUCGGCCAAAUACAUAGACCCACUAUACACCAAAUUGGUGUGAUGCGAAUGGGUCAGACGCUGGUUGGCUUAACUGGUGUUUAAUUUUCCGUGUCAACCCCAGGUAUUACGUGUGAAAGAGGUUCGGGGGUACACAACCGUCUGUGGAGACUCCAGCCUGCAUCUGAAGAUCUUGGCCUACACAUGAAACCGACAUCCAGGAGCCCUACCUGAACCCAGACGGCCCGGACCUCUGACACCUGUGGAACUCUGUCGUCGUUGUGGAAGAAGAUGAACACAGAAGGGCAAAGAAACAGAAGAUGGAUAGUCACACAGCUUAUGAUAAUAAUGCAUUUUCCAUUUUUAAUAA